UCGGGAGAUGCAAGGUGCCGGGGAGAUGCCGGGGCCCGGAGAAACACCGGACCCGGAAGAGGCACUGCUGGCGACCAUCCUGGAAACUGGCGGGACGGGGAUUGUUGAGGACUAUAUCUGCAACUCGCUUGUGAAGGAGGAGUGGGACGAGGAGCAGACACGCCGUAUGGAGGAGAUGUACAGGCGCGAGAUGCAGGAGCCACAGGAGCAGACACGCCGUAUGGAGGAGAUGUACAGGCGCGAGAUGCAGGAGGUGUUGGGCCCGGAACAGCAGGCAUUCGGGGCCGAGGUCGACGCCAGAGGGUCUUCGCAACCACUCCCAGACCCACAGCUAAGUAUGACCUUGCCAAUCGGGCAGAAGCCGAGUGAUGUGGAAGCAGUACCGAUGACGUACAAGGAUGUGAUGUGUUCCAAGUACAAGGUUUUCUGGGAGGCGGCCAUGAAGAAAGAGAUAGAUGGCCACGACAAGACUGGAACCUUUACCAAGGUCAAGGAGCUGCCCGAGGGGCGGAAGGCCAUAGGUUCAAAGUGGGUGUUCUCUUGGAAGACGAAUGAGAAGGGCCUGGUAGUCGACUUCAAGGCCCGUAUGGUUGCGCGGGGUUCCCCUCAAAUCCCCGGCAUCGACUUCCACCACUUAUCCUCAGCGUGCGCGUCUGCAGCGUCUAUCAAGGCGGUGAUUGCCGUAGCCACUGAAAAGGGCAAGAAACUCGCUCACUGGGAUGUGAAGCAAGCCAUGUCCGGCAAGGUGGUCAAGGUUGAGCGUGCCCUGUAUGGCCUAAAGCAGAGUGGCCGUGAGUGGGGGGUUGAAGCUGCAGACGCCCUCAUCGAGAAUGGAUACGAGCAGUGCAGGGUUGACCCGUGUGUCUUCCGGAAGGUGGUGGAUGGAGAGGUCGUAGGUCUCAUCGUGAUCUACGUUGAUGACAUCUUAGUGGCGGCAGACGAGGGAGCGCGAGAGGAGUUGUUCGCUUCCCUCAACAAGAAGUUUCCGGUGAAAGAUCUGGGGGAGUGUACCUGGUACGACGGGUGUGCUUUCGCCAUGGGCGUAGAAAAUGGCAUCACCAAGCUGUCCCAGACAGCAUACAUUGAGAGCAUGCUGAAGCGGUUUGAUGUGACCACGACCGCUUUCACCCCUGCUGCCACCGAUGCCGACCUAGGGCCGAAGAGAGAUGACGAGCCCGCGGUGGAUAAGCCUGUGAGGGAGGCGAUCGGAUGCCUGAUGUGGACGAAGCUGACGAGGCCAGACAUCGCCCUGCCUCUGAACAAGCUCCAGAAGAUCGCCCACUCACCCACCGGGAGGAUAUGGAACGCGCUUGUGCGGAUCAUGUCCUACCUGAACUUCACGAAGGACUUCGGCAUCACCUACGUACGGGGGCGUUAUACGACCGGGCUAGCUGUGGCCGUAGGUGGUACCGUAGUGUGUGCAUCUACCAAGACGCAGCCAGCGACGGCUCAGUCGACCUCGGAAGCAGAGUAUAUGGCAGCCGGGGAGGGCGUGAAGGAGGCGUUGUUUGUGCGUGGCGUUCUGUCGUUCAUAGCGCCCGAGACGAGUGGGGCGAAGAUCAAGGUCCUUGAGGACAACAAGGGGGCUCUCGCCUUAAUCGAGAACCCGUUCAGCUCAGCGAGGAGCAAGCACAUCGACGUGCGGUUCCAUUUCAUUCGGGAGCUAUUCAAGUCGGGCAAGAUCACUGCAGAGUAUGUUCCGACUGGAAAGCAGCACGCCGACAUGCUGACCAAGGUCCUUGGCAGAGAGAAGUUNAUGAGUGGGGCGAAGAUCAAGGUCCUUGAGGACAACAAGGGGGCUCUCGCCUUAAUCGAGAACCCGUUCAGUUCAGCGAGGAGCAAGCACAUCGACGUGCGGUUCCAUUUCAUUCGGGAGCUAUUCAAGUCGGGCAAGAUCACUGCAGAGUAUGUUCCGACUGGAAAGCAGCACGCCGACAUGCUGAACAAGGUCCUUGGCAGAGAGAAGUUGGAGUACCACCGGAAGGCUCUGAUGAGCCUACCGAUGUAG